CUGAUUACAAUUAGAAUUUGCGGGAAUGAAGUUCUGUAUAUUUCUUGAUACUUUAUCAAAAUAAAAAGGCAAAAUUCACUUGUAUAGUCAAAACUUUCGCGCUUGUGACAAUAAUAGCCAAUUUUGGAGAAAUACCACUUAAGCCAAAAUUUUGAAAGUUUAAUGAAAAAUAUAGCCAUUUUUGCUACAAACUUUAACGGCAUCAAUAACACUUACAUUUUUUAAUGAUACGCUUAUUAGGCAGCCAACUCAGCGAACAUGUCAUCACAAUUGAACAACACUUACCAUAUAAGAUGCCAUGUAAUAUUUUACUUCAAAAAUAAAUAAAUAAAUAAAUCAUAAAGUAUUUUAUCAUUCUCUCUCCUCUCCCACCACUCCAUGUGUCCCUAACUCCGCAAUACCCAACAAAAAAUUUGAACAGCCUUCCUCCAGAUCCAAGAUCUACUUUCCGUCAUGCGCUUGGUCAGGUUACUGGAGAUUGGAGCUUGUGUUUGUGGAGAUUGGAUUGGUGGACCGACUAAAGAUUGGUAGUUAAGAGAUUGAGCUGCCAUGUCUUUUCCACCAAACCAGAAGCAACCAGCUAAAAUAGAGCAAUGAAAACUCAUCGUUCAAUGCGGGUAAUCCCAAAAUAUAAAUAGUGGAAAGAAUUCAUGGCCACUAGAUCCAGGAGCUUCUUCGUUUGAUGCAGGAGCAUAAGGCGUCGAAGGUCCUAGGGAGGAAGGGGUACGAUGGCGCCGUGACGGAUCUAUGGUCGUGUGAGGGUGAUUUUGUUCAUUCUCGUCUCUGGUUUUCUCCCAUUUUAGCAUUAGAGUUUGAAGUUUCGUCUUCUCCUCUUCCUGAACCCUUGCCUGCAAUUUCUAGCCAUUUCCAGAACCCAAAUCCUGCUUAUCUUCUCGUCUUCCGGAUUAGAUCUGGGUUUACCAAGUUGUCUCUUUGUUAUCUGGGUUUUCUAUUCACAAUUCUUGGGAUUGAUUUCAAAUCCAGAAUCAAAGAAGAAAACAAUGGUCGUUGGCAAGGAUAACAAGAGUCGGCGAGUGGAUAACAGGCUUCAGUAUGUUCUUACUCACUCUUCAUCACUCGUGGCUCUCCCUUAACUCAGGGUGGCAUGGACAGAUUAGGGUUAUUGAUUCUAUAGAGAUUGGGGUUGUUGUUUCGUCAGGGAAGGCAGAAGCUCGCUGGGGUGGUUGAUAGUGAGGGGGAUUUAAUCGAGCAAAAUCAUCAAAUUUUCUCCGCCACUUCAUCUUCUUUGCGGGAUUGCCGCGUGACUGAGAGCUCGAGUGAGAGAGAGCACCCCCUAAUGUCGCCGGCAGAUGCGCAGUGGUUCAGAGACCUGGUCGUUGACGGGUGGUUCAAACUUCAAAAUCUCUUCGUUCUCAGCCUGGCUGCGGGGUGGUUCACUCUAUGGUUGCUUUUGUCUAAGGAGAGGAGGAAGAGGAUGAACUAGUCGGGACGGAGGUAGCAAGUGGUAGAGAUGAGAGUCGGAGGUUUUGUGUGAGUGAGGUUGUUUUAGGAUUGUGGUGAUAUCCUUAAUUUUUUUAUUCUCUAAAUUCACGUGGAUUUUUACAAACAAAAUUUGACGGAAAUGCUCGCCACGUCAGUACUUACGUUUGUCUAGUGGUAAGAAUUGGACGAAUGUGGCUAUCAGUGGUAUUUCUCCAAAUUUGGCUAUUAUUGGCACAAAUGUGAAAGAUUUGGCUAUACAAGUGUAUUUUUCCAAAUAAAAAAUACUCAUCCUUCACAAAAAUGGAUCAUACGUGUCUUUUCUACUUUUCGAACACAAUUUUCAUGCUAAUUCAAAUUAUUUUAGUUGCAAAUAGAACUUAGGUUACUACAUGCAAUUGACACAAGUUGUAUAGAAAUUUACAUAUACAUCGAUCCAUUUGCCCCCAACAUUGCUGCAUUCCCAAUGACAUAAAAAUCAUGUUCCCAAGUAUGGAUUUCAGGAACAAUGCUGUAACACCCUACCCUAUACGUAUUACCUAAUCAUAUUGUUCAUACAAUUGCAGCGGAAAUAAUCUCGGGUGUUACAUUAAUUAUCAAAAUUUACCUAAAUAAAAUUUCGACAUGAAUUACUCGCGUAAUGGGCUAACAGUUCUGGCAACUUAUCCUGCAAAAUAAUUCAUCACAAACAUAUAUACUCACAACCAUAAGCAUUGGCUUUCAUAGCCAAAGUCACAGUUUCAUACUACACAACUGCAUACUAUACUGAUACAAGCCAUAAUCGUCACAACUUACAUAAUUACAAAAAUAUACACAUAUCAUCAACUUUGCACACCUGUGGAUAUCUCACACUACAUCAGAAGCUAGUAUGCACAUGAAAAACGUUCUCAAAACAUUUUUACAAAAAGGUGUGGAUCACUGGCCAAAAUCCCGAGUAGUAGUCCAAGCACAGAAUAGUUGAAGACCAUACCUCAUCUUGCCUUCAACUCUUGCUCAGCUCCCACCUAUACACCUAUCUACUACUGCUGCUGAUGAUCUGCUUACACAUGGCAUAAGCAGAGAAAGAUGAUAAAGAGGGUCAGCUCAUAGCUGAGUGAGAUAAUCAUAGCAUCGUGAGUUCAUAACAUAGCAUACCACUACCAUACAUCUAGCAAACAAGCCAAAGCACUAGGAUCAGAUCUCAGCCCUCCGACAUCCCAAUAGGCAAAAGACUCAACCACCUUGACUUAUGCAUAUGCAUCUUAUCAUGUUUUACUUAUAGGCGCCUGGCUACUCCCAUGCUAAUAACUCUCCCGGGAAACAUACCCCACAUCCCGUCGGAUGUAGUCAUACAUACCCCAACAUCCCGUCGGAUGUGGUCAUACAUACCCCACACCACUAUGGGUGUAGUCAUACCCUGACACCACUCUGGGUGUGGUCAUAUCUCGUAAGAAAUCUUCAGUCACCACCACAUGAGAGGUGUGACUAUCAUACAUAUCAUAAUAGAGUAAUAGCAUAGGG